CAUAUUCCUCAUCUGGAUUAGGAUAAGAAAGCUUUCCAGCAUCCCUGCCCCCCGGGGCGCCCCCAUGCCCUUCUUCUAAAAUCUACCCUUUUCGGUUUUUCUUCCUCUCUUCUUCACCAUUUCCUAAUGUCUCUUCCGCUCUCCAGUAUCCCGUCUUUUUCCUUCUCUUUUUUAUCCAUUUCAUGGAACAGAGUGUUUAAAAUUUUAAAUCUUACCUUUUAAAAUUAUGUUUUACAAAAUAAGUAACUUAAAAGUAAAUAAGUAGCUCUUCUAAGUUAACCAAACAGGCUAGGAUUAGAAUAACUAACCAGCAAGGUAGGAAUGCGAAGAAGUUGAGGAAGGCUGCAAAGGAGAUGUAAACAGAGAGAGAGAACCCUCUCUCUUUCGCGCACACAAUUCCCAUGUCCCCAUCAGAGCCAACGCUCCAAGUUCUUCCUUUCUUCAUGUUGAAAUAAACUCAAAAAAGAAAUUAUCGCCGAAAACCCUACAAACAAAGCUAAUUCAUUUUUGUUUAUUCCUUAAUUUAUUCACUAAUAACAUCAUUAUUAUAUGCAAUCUUGUUAUUAUUAUAUAAACAAACUUCUGAGCAUUCAAGAAGAAGGAAAUCUCCUUUCUUUUAGAGUCUCUUUUACAGAAACAAACAAUAACAGAGCAUAAACAAAACAGCUGUAAAUAGUAAUUAUUAUUUUUUCUUCCAAGAAUGCUUCCUGGUACCUGCAUUUUCUUGUACUGUAUUAUCAUCGGUCUCUCUUCUUUUAGCGUAGCUGCCAGUUUAUUAAAUCUCACCCUCCCUCAUCAACAUCCCAACCCUGAAGCUGUUGUUCAAGAAGUACAAAGGAGGGUCAAUUUAUCAUUGUCAAGAAGGCAAAUGUUAUCCGAACAAUCCCAAUGUCUAACUGGCAAUCCAAUAGAUGACUGCUGGCGGUGCGACCCCAACUGGGCUACCAACCGCCAGCAAUUGGCGGAUUGUGCCAUUGGCUUUGGCCAAGGAGCAUUGGGCGGCAAAGGCGGCCAAAUAUACGUAGUCACCGACUCCUCUGACCACGACGCUGCCAACCCAACCCCUGGCACCCUCCGCCACGCCGUCAUCCAAGAUGUCCCCCUAUGGAUAAUUUUUCAAUCCAACAUGGUUAUCAAACUCAAACACGAGCUCAUAAUUAACAGUUUCAAAACCAUUGACGGGCGUGGUGCGAAUGUGCACAUAACCGGCAAUGGCUGCUUAACUUUGCAGUAUAUCAGCAAUGUGAUCAUUCAUGGUGUGCAUAUCUACAAUUGUUUACCAUCGGGGAAUACAAUCGUAAGGUCGAGCCCGAGUCAUGCUGGGUGGAGAGGCAAAUCGGACGGAGAUGGGAUAUCCAUUUCUGGUUCCAGAAAUAUUUGGAUAGAUCACUGUGCUUUGUCACAUUGUACUGAUGGCUUGAUCGAUGCCAUUCUAGGAUCUACUGCCAUUACCAUUUCUAACAGCUAUUUUUCUCACCACGACGAGGUCAUGCUAUUGGGACAUAAUGACAAGUACUUGGCUGAUUCAGGAAUGCAGGUUACAAUAGCCUUCAAUCACUUUGGGGAAGGGCUGGUGCAGAGGAUGCCAAGGUGCAGGAGAGGGUAUAUACAUGUGGUGAAUAAUGAUUUUACUGAAUGGGAGAUGUAUGCAAUUGGUGGAAGUGCCAAUCCUACAAUUAACAGUCAAGGCAAUCGUUAUAGUGCGCCAACCGACCCAAAUGCUAAGGAGGUGACCAAGCGCGUCGACACAGACGAGGUGGAAUGGGCUGGGUGGAAUUGGAGGACGGACGGGGACAUGCUGGUAAAUGGGGCAUUCUUUGUUCCCUCUGGUGAAGGCCUCAGCACUCAAUAUGCCAAGGCCUCCAGCGUCGAGCCCAGGUCUGCAGAACUAAUUGACCUUCUCACCAUGAAUGCUGGUGUCAUUGGUGGUCCAAGGGACAACAGUAUCAGCAUAUCAUAUGGUGGUGGGGCCGCAACCGGCGCAACCGAAGGAGGCGGUGGGGGGUCCAGUGGUAAAGACAAUGACUUUUUUGGAAUGAUAUUUGGGAGCGGUGCAGCCCUAUCAAAAUCAUCUCCACCCACCAAUAUGCUUUUGUCUCUUCUAAUUAUUGUUAGUUUGUAUAUUAUGACCAACCAGAUUGGUUCAUUAUCAUUAUUAUAGUAUUACAUCGAAGAAAAAUUGGCAAAAUUGAAAAGGAA